GGAAGGUGGGUGGGUGUGGAGCCGAGAUGGGCGGUGAAGAGGCCCGGCCCCACGGAGGAGGCGGGCUGAGACCUGCCGGGGACGGAAAGGGGCCGGAAGAGGGUGGCUGCCGGUCCGGCCCCGCCCCGGGGCCGCCUCCUCGCGGGUUCCGUUGGCUGUGGCGGCCGCUGAAGCUGUGGCGGCGGUGGCCGCGGGGCGGGCGUAAGAUGGCGACAGCGGCGGCGGGAGCCCUGGGCCUGCUGUGGGGCUGGCUGUGGAGCGAACGCUUCUGGCUGCCUCAGAAUGUGAGCUGGGCCGACCUUGAGGGGCCGGGCGACGGCUACGGCUACCCGCGGGCGCGGCACAUCCUCUCGGUGUUCCCGGUGGCGGCGGGCAUAUUCUCCGUGCGGCUGCUCUUCGAGCGGUUUAUUGCCAAACCCUGUGCACUCCAUGUUGGCAUCCAGGACAGUGGUCCGUAUCAGGCCCAGCCCAAUGCCAUCCUUGAAAAGGUGUUCGUAUCUAUUACCAAGUAUCCUGAUGAGAAGAGGCUGGAGGGCCUGUCAAAGCAACUGGACUGGGAUGUCCGAAAGAUCCAAUGCUGGUUUCGUCAUCGGAGGAAUCAGGACAAGCCUCCAACGCUCACUAAGUUCUGUGAAAGCAUGUGGAGAUUCACUUUCUAUUUAUGUAUAUUCUGCUACGGAAUUAAAUUUCUGUGGUCGUCACCGUGGUUCUGGGACAUCCGACAGUGCUGGCAUAGCUAUCCAUAUCAGCCUCUCACAAGUGGGCUUUAUUACUAUUAUAUCAUGGAAUUGGCCUUCUAUUGGUCUCUUAUGUUUUCUCAGUUUACAGACAUUAAGCGAAAGGACUUCCUGAUCAUGUUUGUGCAUCACUUGGCCACCAUUGGGCUCAUCACCUUCUCCUACAUCAACAACAUGGUUCGGGUGGGAACUCUGGUCAUGUGUUUACAUGAUGCCUCAGACUUCUUGCUGGAGGCAGCCAAACUGGCCAAUUAUGCCAAAUACCAGCGUCUCUGUGACACCCUUUUUGUGAUCUUCAGUGCAGUUUUUGUGGUCACUCGUCUAGGAAUCUACCCAUUCUGGAUUCUGAACACGACCUUCUUUGAGAGUUGGGAGAUGAUCGGGCCUUAUCCCUCCUGGUGGCUCUUCAACGGUCUUCUCCUGAUUCUGCAGGUUCUCCAUGUCAUCUGGUCCUACCUAAUUGUGCGAAUUGCUUUCAAAGCUUUGAUCCGAGGAAAGGUUACCUAUCCAGGAAGGAUUAGACCCAGACUCUGUACCCUUCACUCUUUUCUCACCUCCUUCCUUUUUUCUGUGCCUGGUGGGAGUUGGACAGUUUCAUCUCUUGCAUGUGUCUAAGGAUGACCGCAGUGAUGUGGAAAGCAGCUCAGAGGAAGAAGAUGGGACCACCAACCCCAAGAGCGCCUGUGGCAGCAGCUCCAGCAAUGGUGCCAAUCGGGUGAACGGUCACCCAGGAAGCAGCUACUGGGCUGAGGAGUGAGGUGGUUGGUGUGGGGACCACGGCACACAUGGACUCAUAGGGCCACCGGCAGCCUCCUCCUCUUGGGCCUCCCCACAUCUACACGCUUGUGACUAGGGGGUCUGCAGGGCACUGAGGAGAAUCAAAGAAGCAAAUAUUUUCACUUUUUAAAAAAAAAAUCUGCCAUUUUGUAUUUAAUAGCCUCCAGGUUCUUUCAGUAAUGUUAUUUGCUUCUGUGUGUGUGUGUGUGUGCACGCACCAGUGCAUGCGUGUGUGUGUCUGUGUGUGUGCACGCACCCGUGCGUGUGUGUGUGUGCGCGUGCGCGUGUAUGCACGCGUGCAUAUGCGUUUGUGCAUGUGCAUGAGUUUCAUUUCCUGAGUUGGGGCACAAUUCUAGACUGGGGCCCCUAGGCCUUGUGCCCCUUCUGAACCCACCUCAACCCCAGAUUUGGCUGCAUCUUGAAUAAUGCUGGCUCUGGACUGUCCCCUCCCUCGUGGUCCAUGGCUCCCGAAGCUCAGGCCAUCUGAACAGAACAGUAAAGUUCAGCUCCAGGUUUCUGCACUGUUCCUCCUUGGAGUUGGAAUAUUUCACAUGAAGUUGUACAGAAACAGACAACCAUGGUUGGGAUGACCCAAGAUUCCUGUGGCCCCUAGAUAAGAUUCCCUUCCUCCCACGUGGUGAUUACAGGGACAGCUGCUGAUACCCUGCUCUUUACUAAAUGGUACACAGGGAGUUGGGGGGCGUGGCAGAGGGUGCGCUGAAGGCCAGAGGAGGACAACAGCCACUGGGUGAACCGUUGACGGUUUAUACUAUUGUUUACUCUUCUGUGAUUAAAAGUGCUUCCACCCCC